AUGGCCGCAACUAUCAAAGCCAUCAAUGCGCGGAUUCGCUCAAACAAGGUCCUCGAUUAUUUCUGCUCCACACAUUUCUGGGGUCCGGCUUCGAAUUUCGGCAUUCCCAUCGCCGCAGUGUUGGAUACACAGAAGGAUCCUGAAAUAACACCCAGAGACAUUGAGGAACGGAGACUAAUGGGGUCUUUUGACUACAGCAUCUCGGGACAAUUCACAGCUGCGCUCACCAUAUACUCGGGGACAUUCAUGCGAUAUGCCCUUGCCGUGACGCCCAAGAACUACUUGCUGUUCGCCUGCCACUUUGUGAACUUCAACGCCCAGCUCACACAAGGGUAUCGGUGGUAUGAUUACUGGUAUGGCAAUGGAAAAGAACGCUGGGAAAAGAUCCGCGCCGAGAAGGCCAAGACAGAACUUGAGGGCGCGGUCGACUCGAUCGCCAGCCAGACCAAGGACAAGGUUCAGGGUGCCGUGCAAGAGGUGAAGAAGACGGUGUCGUAA